GGAUGGGUGGGUAGGCAAAGCCUCCCGGAUAUAAAAUGGGACGCCCUCUCUCCCAUCUCCCAGUGCUAACUCCACCUCAGUGUCGACACUCAGACGACGGACGUAUACAUACACGUGCGUGUGUGCACACCCCUCAGUGGUAAUCCAAAGUCUGACGAGGACUAAAGACGAUGGCGACGGUGCAGAAAAAGACAACCCGUACAACGAAGAAAGUCACGGAGACAAAGGGUCAAGUUCAGUCCCAGUCCACCGUGACCAAGUCUUCCCAAGUAUCGUCUCAGAAAACCUUGACAAUCACCAAGAAGGGUCAGUUUUUCAGCGAUUCAUUCUUCGAGGACACGCGGCAAGACUUCCAAGAUGCUAUCAAAGAUGUGCUGACAAAAUGUGGCGACAAGUCCUCCACGGGCGACGACAUCACUACCUACAGGAGCCUACGAACCCGAGAGCUGAAGGAUGAAAACCAAGCCAUUAAGUCAACUGAUGAUGAACUCUACCACAAGAUUGUAGUGGACGUGAAUGACUUCAUAAACGGCGGGGAGGUGAGCGUGAAGACUGUGGAGGAGCGGGAGGUGGUGGUGGAGGGACGUGUGGAGAGGAAACAAGGCAACACCAGGUCCAGCAAGAGUUUCAAACGUAGUUUUAUCCUGCCGGAGGACAUUGAGGUGGAGGCACUCACUGCUGUGGUCUCAUCUGACGGUGUUCUUAUCAUCAAAGCCCCGAAGAAGCCAUCCACUGCAACGCAGUCACAGAUUAGCGUCAAAGUACAAAAGCAAGUUCAAAGUUCUGUCACCAAAGAAACAACAGGACAAGCUGUCGACAAAACAGUCUCUGUUAAAACUGAGAACGUCCAGCAUACAACCAAGGCUUCACAAGAUAAUGUUGUCAGCCAGAAAGUGACCCAACAAGUGAAAACUGUGAGGGAGAGUACCAGCACCAGCGACACUGCCAGCAGACCCCUGCCAAUCGUCAAAAAAGGUCUCUUCUUUGACGACUCUUUCUUCGAGGAUUCUCGGCAACCUUUCCAGACAGCUAUCAAGCAAGUGCUUGAAAAGUCCAAUGUGACAUCAACUCAAGUCGACGACAUCACCAACUACAGGAAUCUCCGUCAGCGAGACCUGAAGGAGGAGAACCAGGCUGUUACUGUCAGUGAAGAUCAGCAAACUCAUAAGAUAAUUGUUGAUGUACAAGAUUUUAUAAACGGAGGAGAAGUGACUGUCAAGACGGUGGAUGAGAGGGAAGUGGUUAUUCAAGGUCACAUUGAGAAGCAGGAAGGUAACACCAGGUCUUCCAAGAGCUUCUGUAAGCGAUUUGUUCUUCCGGAAGACAUAGAGGUGGAGUCUGUGACGUCUGUGGUGUCAUCUGAUGGUGUCCUCACUAUCAAAGCACCGAGAAAACCAUCAGCGUUGCCGCUGACGAGUGGCGGUCAAGCCAUUAACAUAGAGAAAACAGAAACCAAGAAAGUGGUUCAAAAAUCAACCGUGACGACGACUGAAGGUCAAGAGGACGUGAAAGAAGCGCUGGUGACACCACAACAAGCUCCGAGAGUGACUCAGGAUAUCACUGAUAAAGAUCAAACAGUAACUACUGUGACUAAACAAAUCAAAACUGUGACGGACACCACUACCAGUGACACCGCCGGAAGACCUUUACCAAUUACUAAAAAAGGCUCCUUCUUCGAAGACUCUUUCUUCGAGGAUUCUCGCCAACUUUUCCAGACAGCUGUGAGGCAGGUGCUUGAAAAGUCCAACGAGACAUCUCAAACUGACGACAUCACCACUUACAGGAAUUUGCGUCAACGUAACCUGAAGGAGGAGAAUCAAGCCGUUACUGUCAACGAAGAUCAGAAGACUCAUAAGAUAAUAGUUGAUGUACAAGAUUUCUUGAACGGAGGAGAAGUCACCGUGAAGACGGUGGAUGAAAGGGAAGUGGUUAUUGAAGGUCACAUUGAGAAGCAGGAAGGUAACACCAAGUCUUCCAAGCGCUUCUGUAAGCGAUUUGUUCUUCCGGAAGACAUAGAGGUGGAGUCUGUGACAUCUGUGGUGUCAUCUGAUGGUGUCCUCACUAUCACAGCGCCAAGAAAACCAUCAGCAGUACCAGUAACGGACGCUACUAAAGCCGUUAGUAUAGAGAAAACAGAAACCAAGAAACAAAUUCAGACCACCGUCACAACGACUGAGGAACAAGACGUGAAGGAGCCACAAGUCGUAAUUCAGCAAGUUCCACAAGUUACACAGGAUGUUACCAGCCAGAAAGAUACUGAGCAGGAGAAAACCGUGACAACUGUGACUAAACAAGUGAAAACUGUGACAGACACCACCACCAGCGACACCGCCAGCAGGCCAUUACCAAUCGUUAAAAAGGGUUCCUUCUUCGACGAUUCUUUCUUUGAGGAUUCUCGUGAACUGUUCCAGACAGCUGUCAGACAGGUGUUAGAAAAGUCCAAUGUGACAUCAACUCAAGUCGACGAUAUCACCAACUACAGGAAUCUCCGUCAGCGAGACCUGAAGGAAGAGAAUCAAGCUGUUACUGUCAAUGAAGAUCAGAAGACUCAUAAGAUAAUAGUUGAUGUACAAGAUUUCUUGAACGGAGGAGAAGUCACCGUGAAGACGGUGGAUGAAAGGGAAGUGGUUAUUGAAGGUCACAUUGAGAAGCAGGAAGGUAACACCAAGUCUUCCAAGCGCUUCUGUAAGCGAUUUGUUCUUCCAGAAGACAUAGAGGUGGAGUCUGUGACAUCUGUGGUGUCAUCUGAUGGUGUCCUCACUAUCACAGCGCCAAGAAAACCAUCAGCAGUACCAGUAACGGACGCUACUAAAGCCGUUAGUAUAGAGAAAACAGAAACCAAGAAACAAAUUCAGACCACCGUCACAACGACUGAGGAACAAGACGUGAAGGAGCCACAAGUCAUAAUUCAGCAAGUUCCACAAGUUACACAGGAUGUUACCAGCCAGAAAGAUACUGAGCAGGAGAAAACCGUGACAACUGUGACUAAACAAGUGAAAACUGUGACAGACACCACCACCAGUGACACCGCCAGCAGGCCAUUACCAAUCGUUAAAAAGGGUUCCUUCUUCGAUGAUUCUUUCUUUGAGGAUUCUCGUGAACUGUUCCAGACAGCUGUCAGACAAGUGUUAGAAAAGUCCAAUGUGACAUCAACUCAAGUCGACGACAUCACCAACUACAGGAAUCUCCGUCAGCGAGACCUAAAGGAGGAGAACCAAGCUGUUACUGUCAAUGAAGAUCAGAAGACUCAUAAGAUAAUAGUUGAUGUACAAGAUUUCUUGAACGGAGGAGAAGUCACCGUGAAGACGGUGGAUGAAAGGGAAGUGGUUAUUGAAGGUCACAUUGAGAAGCAGGAAGGUAAUACCAAGUCUUCCAAGCGCUUCUGUAAGCGAUUUGUUCUUCCAGAAGACAUAGAGGUGGAAUCUGUGACGUCUGUGGUGUCAUCUGAUGGUGUUCUCACUAUUACAGCGCCAAGAAAACCAUCAACGAAGCAGAUCGAAGGCAACAUUGAGACUACACAAACUAAGAAAGUGGUGAAAACAACAACCAUUACCACGAUUGAAGGAGAGGAAGAUAGUGAACCUGCUCCCGUCAAACCAAAGGAAGUUGUGAAAAAGCCUGACGAACACACUGUAACCCAAAAAGUUGAUAAAGAGACCGUGUCUACUGUCAGUCAACUGGAUAAAACUGUGACAGACAGCACCACGACAGGUACUGUCACUAAGGUUGUAACCAUCAUCAAGAAAGGUUCCUUCUUCGAAGACUCUUUCUUUGAGGAUUCUCGACAACUCUUCCAGACAGCUGUCAGGAAGGUCCUGGAAAAAAAAAAGGUUAUAGAAAAAACUGAGGAGGAGUAUCUGAAAACAGUUGAGAAGAGAUAA